UUGUGUCAAUAUGGCGUCGAAUGUGAAGCGAUCUCGUGUCACGUUCACUGCCGAACAAGUAGCAGAGAUUUGUGCUCGAAAUUCCGGCGAUGAAAUGAGUGAUAUUGACAGCGAAUGUGGAGGGAUUUCGAGCGAAGAAGAAAGCGAUUUGGAUGCCGAAAUGGAGGAUGGAAGUUGGUCUAAUUCUGAGCCAAGUGAUUCCGAGGUCCCGAUGCAGCAAGAAAUGGAUGAACAAGAGCAAGAGGAAGACCAAGGUGAAGAUCAAGAAGAAGAAGAAGAAGAACCUAGUGUUAGUGAGGGAAGUGGGAGUGAUGAGGAGCAUAUACAAGGUCAGAUAAGGGCUAGAGGAAGAGCUAGAGGGAGGGGAAGGGCUAGGGGAAGAGGUAGGGUAGCUGCCAGGGCCCGGGGAUUGCACCGGCGGGGAAGGGGGGGUAAUGUUCGGGGAAGAGGCAGGGCUCGUGGUGGGGUAGUUAGGAACCAGCAACMGGCUAUAGGGCAAUGUUAUUCUUAUGAUGACCAGGACAAUGCUGUUCAUCCAUUGCCACCUUUCACACCACGUCGUCCCCCAGGCUUACACCUACCAAAUGCUCAGAUGUUAAGGGGCACUAUGACUAGAGCUGUUGAUUUUUUCAAACUAUUUUUUACAGAUUUCAUUUUAUUACAAAUUGUUGAGCAUACAAAYACCUAUGGUUGGGGAUCAAUAGAGAGAAAGCAGUAUUAUUCUGAUAGUGAUGGCUCUUGGAUAAAUACGGAUCAGGGUGAAAUUGAGAGGCUUAUUGCUUUAGUCAUUUAUUUCAGUCUGGUGAAUGUGACCUCCAUUCACAGGUACUGGAGCAGUAAGACUCUGUAUCAUGGUCUUUGGGCUAGGGAAAUUAUGCUAAGGGACAGGUUCAAAGCUCYAAUGGCUAUGUUACAUGUUGUCGACCCUGAUUCAGAGGAGCGUAUUGACAAAAUUAGAAAAGUAAGGAGUUUCGUGGAUGCCUUCAAGGAAAAAUGUAAAGAACUUUAUCAGCCCUUUCAGAGGGUUGCAGUAGAUGAAAGGAUGGUAAAGUCAAAACAUCGUUCUGGUAUAAGGCAAUAUAUAAAAAAUAAACCAACUAAGUGGGGUAUAAAGUUAUGGGUCAUUGCGGAUAGCAUCAAUGGGUAUACUUAUGAUUUUGAUGUUUAUAUUGGUAGAAAUAACAAUGAGCCACCAAGUGAGCAUGGUUUAGGAUAUGAUGUUGUUAUGAAGCUUGUCAAUCCUCUUAUCAAUCAGGGAUAUCACAUCUAUUUUGAUAACUUUUACACUUCUCCUCGACUCGUAUCUGAUCUGUUUAGUCUUGGCUUACCAUCAUGCGGUACUACCGCUGAGAAUAGGCGGGGCUUCCCAGAGGCUAUGAAGCAGGGGAAAGUAUGGGCAAGAAGAAAAGAGAGAGGAAGUAUGAGAUGGGUUAGGGAGGGAGAGGUAUUAGCAUUACAAUGGAAAGACAACCGGCCAGUCACAAUGCUAUCCUCGAUUCACAAUGCUUGUGAAUUUGUGUAUGUAGAGAGAAAGGAAAAGGUUGAUCAGAGGUGGCAAGUGAAAGUAAAGCAACCUAUAACUAUUCAGGAUUAUAAUAAAUAUAUGAAUGCUGUAGAUAGAUCUGAUCAAAUGAUAUCUAAAAAUUCUGUGCUGAAGAAAUGCAUGCGCUGGUGGAAGACUUUAUUUUUUCAUUUAGUAGAUAUCGCUGUCAUAAAUUCAUACCUUUUAUUUCGCCUGCAUCGCGCAGAACACCCAGAUGAUGUAGCUUUGAAGCGCAAUAGAAAAUAUACAAUAGUUGAAUAUAGAGAAGAAUUGGUAAGACAACUUGCUGGUAUUGAGGAAUAUGGACAGCCACCAGUUYUAAGGCCUCCGAAGCAAGUUCGCAGGGAUUUUUCUGCUGUUCACAUUCCUCGUUUUUCUCCAAAAAAAAGAAAUUGUCAAGUUUGUUAUGACACAACUAAAACUGAAUUAAAAGUUGUAUCUUAUUGUAGUGCUCCUCAGUGUGGAGUUUACCUCCAUAUUUCACAAAAUAAAAAUUGUUUUGAAGUAUGKCAUAAUAAUAAUUAUCACAAAUAAAAAAUAUUCGAAAAAUUGCAUAAAAAUGAAAUAAAAAUAAUAAAAAAUUCCAAAAAAUGCUAUUUGCUUACAAUUGCUUGUAUUUGGUGAGAAAGGGAAUAAAAAACAUUUCAGAUGAUGUUUUUUAUUCAACAACAACUCAAAUAAUAAUGAUUU